AUGCCCAUCAACAUGAACACAACCCCCACAACACAACCUCCUCCUCCUCCUCCUACUACUACUAAUAAUACUAACUGCACCAUCAUUAACCAUUCCCCGGAAAUCUCAGCUUCUGCAAACUCCACUUCUCCGGCGGAAAAUUCGGGUUAUCGUCGGUAUGAAUGCAAGACUUGCCGAAAGCAAUUCGAUACUUUCCAAGCACUCGGCGGCCACCAGGGAAUUCACAGAAAGCUCAUACACAAUGAAGAUGCCUGUUCAUUAAGCCUUCAAAUAGCUGCUGUUCCUAAAUUACACCAAUGCAAGGCGUGCAUGAAGAAGUUUCCUACAGGGCAGGCGUUGGGUGGCCACAUGAGACGGCACAGGCUUAAAAAGACUCUGAUUUCGAUGAACAAGGAGCAGUUACAGCGGCAACAGGCGGCAGAGGAGGUGGUGGGAAGUGAUUCGACAUCUGCAGCAGUGGAACCACAAUGGCUGAAGGCGGAGGAAGACCAACAGCAUAAGUUGAAAAGUGAGUUGGUUUUGGCAGCAAAGGAGUUGCGACUAUCAAUUUGA